AUGACAACUGGUUGCUUUGCAUGCGCAGCUGAAAAUUUCAACUUUUUGUCAAGCAGUGGGCAGCCACUGAUGAUUCCAGGCGUAGUGUUUGGUUGUGCUUAUGACAUCAGGAAAAUCAGUUUUGGAAGACUGGAAGAGUUCAAGGUUGCAGGACUAUUGGGUUUGGGAUAUGCUCCGAUUUCCUUUCCACUGCAACAAUCCUAUCAAACUGGUAAAGUAUUCUCAAUGUGCCUAACACGCCGAAGAGAGAUCCAAACAUAUCUCAGAUUUGGUAAGGACGUCCCCACACCACCAGGUGGUCUGCGUGUCACCAAAUUAGUGUUGUUCAAAGACAUACCAUAUUACUACGUCAAUCUGUUGGGCAUAAGUGUGCAUGGACAACAGCUUCUCAUAGACCCAAAUGUGUUUGCUGUACGAAAUCAGGGCACAAGUGGCGGCUGCUUCAUGGACAAUGGUAGCUCAUUUACUGUUCUCAUCAGGCCUGCUUUUAAUGCUGUGGUUCAGUUUCUGGAGAUGUAUUUCAUGCGCUUUCCUCGCGUUUUUAAGGGUGGUAGGCCUCUUGGGCCUCCUUUUGAACUUUGCUACAAAUGGAUGACGCCGCUGCCACCUCUGCCUACUUUGACAUUUCACUUUGAAAAUGCUGACCUUCUGAUCAACCCAGAGGACUUAUUCAUAAAGGUGAAGGCUGAUCAGCAGGGGAACGAUCUCUUUUGUUUGGCCUUCAUCGCCGACGAUGCUCGUACUAUUCUUGGAUCAGUGCACCAAUCCAAUUACUUAUUCAUAUAUGACCUUAACCAGAAGCUGUUGAAGUUUGCUCCUGAGGAUUGUUCUAAGAAUUCUUGA